CCCAAUGGAUAAGGUACGAUCCAACGAAAUCAUCAUCCCCAUUGCACACGGUGCUCAAUGGAGGUGAGUAUGUCUCUCAACGCGUUGGCUCGGCUUCCAUUGAAGAAUACAGGAAGACUCGAAGAGGUCGGUUUAGCAAGACACUCUCUGUUCACCUCGAGAACACCAUGCCGAGAAUCUGCGAAGCGGGGGAUGGUUUUCGUGGUGGAGGCGAAAGGGAAGAAAGGAAUGGCGGCUCGUCAGUAUCAACGCACACCUCCUCCUAUGCCUAAGAUUGAAGACGACGGAAACCCUAGAUUCGUUAUCUUCAUUCGUAUGGCCAAUGUGUAUCUUUGGUAUCCACUAAGUAUAAUAGCUGGUGGUACAACUGCAAAGAUCAUGGUUGCUGCUAAAGAUAACCUCUUGGGGAAGUAUAUCUACAAAGACACCAUUGCUAGAAACAUUGCUGCUGUUAUUUACCGAGAUGAGAAGGAGAUACAAAAGACUGCAAUUAAGCAGCACCGUGUCUUGCGGACUGCCACUGAGUUUCGAUAUGGCUACAAACUUGUUGUAAUGCUCUCUGUCUUGGUAGCUCUGUUUUCUUUUCCUUUUACAAGCUCUGAAGUCUUUGGUUUUCAGGAAAACGGGAACAUGAGAGCUGCACUUAGUACCUCAGAUGUCAUUGAGCUCCCAACUCAGGACCAGCUUAAAACAGUGUUGGACAAAGUGAAAGACUUUUUCGGGGAUGCUAAAGAGUCAUUCGGGAAGAUAUCAUCGUUGAAUUCUGGGGCAGAUGAAGAAAGCCCUGAUGAGAAAGCCAAGCAAGUAUAAACAGGGUCCCAAGGCUGGAGAACUGACACUUGGUGUGGGAUGCAGAAGGUCCAACUGGAUAUUAUGACGAGAUGCCUGCUAUUUUGUGCACAUUUUUCUUUUAUACACCUCUCAGAGAAACAGUUUCUCUUAAAUCUCUUGUAACAUAUAACUUAUUGUGUUUGUAGAUUUGUUGAAAGAAAGAGCUGUUCGGUUACAA